AUGAUGUUCUCUCGUCAGACUUGCGGCAGCUUCGCCUUGACCACCGUCUGCUUCUUCUUUCUGUUCCUGACCGCAAAGCGUCUGGGCGAAUGGUCGCUUAACAGCCCCUACUCGCGCGUCGUCCCAUCGUUUCGGUACCCGCACGGCCAAGCUGGCGCAAACUCGACAGCAUGGGACGGUUCCGCCGUUGGUGCACCUCAUCUCAGACCAUAUGACCCGGUUUGCGACUCGUUCCCUAAUACUUCCAAUAUACUCGUUGUCGUGAAGACGGGCGCCACCGAAUCAUAUACGAAGAUACCUAUGCAGCUGAUGACUAACCUGCGAUGCGUCUCCGACUUUCUCAUAUUCUCCGAUUUGAGACAAAAUAUUGCUGGUUACGAGAUCCGCGACAGUCUCGACAAUGUCUUGGCUGAGACCAAGCAUGACAACCCUGACUUCAAUCUGUAUCAACGACAGCAGGCAUGUCCUAUCGACCAGGAGAGUUGUGGACUUGAUGACCACUUGAGAUCAGAAGGCUGGGAUCUAGACAAGUACAAGAACAUCCACAUCGCCGAGAAGACAUACCAGCUGCGUCCCAAUUACGAGUGGUAUCUGUUCAUCGACGCCGACUCGUACGUCGUCAUGCCCAGUCUGGUCCAGUGGUUGCGAAAACUGGACUCUUCGAAGGAGUUGUACUUUGGCAGCGUUAGCCUCAUUGACGGCUUGCGUUUCGCCCAUGGCGGGAGCGGCUACCUUCUCUCACAAGCCGCAAUGCACAAGUUCGUUGGCAGCCAUCCUGGGAUUGCGAAUCAGUACGAUACCCGCAUACGCGAGUCAUGUUGUGGUGACCACAUGCUCGCCAUCGCCAUCAAUGAGACCAUCGGUCUGAAGGUGAAGCAGACAUGGCCGACUAUCAAUGGCGAGAAGCCCCAUACUAUUCCGUUCCGUUCGCAACAAUGGUGUCAACCCAUUGUUACGAUGCACCACAUGGACCCGGAAGAAAUGUCGUCGUUCUAG